UCGACUCUACAGACAUCGYUACUGCCAAUGUUUCCACCAUCGAUGCGUUCGAUCGUCCGGUUGGAUCUGAGCCGCAACAAUCUUAACUCUUUGCCGAAAGAAAUAUUCGGAGGAUCGCUGGAAUUCCUAAACGUGGGUCGGAAUAAACUCAAAGAACUGCCGCCCGAAAUUGGCAACUGCAAGUGUUUGAAAGAGAUAAUUGCUCUGUCGAACAAUCUCCGGUGGAGUGGCUUCCCUGUUGAUUCGAUAUCAUCGCUGCCGUUCCUAGAGGUUUUGGAUCUGAGAUGGAACAAAAAGAUGAACAGCCAAUCGACGCGAAAACGACUUCUGGAACUCUUUCAACGAGCCGACCACAAAGACCAACAGAAACUUGUGAACGUAAUUUUGUCUUCAAAGAACGACGAYAGCUCCGGCUUGGACACAACCACUCUUCCGAAAAAGCUAUCGGCCUGUGAUCGGGAUGYGAACGAGCURCGAUCACAACUAGAACCACUGAGCACACCCCAGUUGCGUAAGCGCCUUUUCCGGACGUUCGACGUAAAAUUCGACGACCAUGAUGAGAGUUCAUACGAUCGCGAAGUCUUGAUGCAACGGUUGUUGUCGUGCUACAGGAGUAUUAGCGGUUGUGAAAAGAACGUGCAUCCCCUGUGGAUGAGGUCUGUUCGGCACGAAUCCGGAGUGGCAUUGGAUCCAGCGUUAGUGAAAGAACUCGUACAAGAGAUGGAGGCKAUACGCUGGCCUCGAACGACAAGAGAGCGGCCCAAGAUUUCCGCUGAAGGGUACGUGAUUCUACAAAGACCAUUACCAUCGGCUUCAACCACAAAUAGGACCACCGCCGGGGCAGAAAUAGAUCCUUUAUCGCAAAAAGCAAGCAACAAGGCCAAGCGAGAAGCCGAGAAACUAAAACGGUUCAUGGGCAUUUGGACCAAAGCCUUGGAAGCCAUCGAAACGGUCGACAAGAUCUUCGCACAGCAGUUUACUGCCCUGGCCGUCACAAUGAAUUUCAGGGGUAGUCCCCAUAUUGAUACCCUAAACAUCGCACCCUUUUAUGGUUUGGCCCUAGGAGACUUCACCGGCGGUGGAAAAUUGUGCGUGGAGUGUUCGGCAACGGAGGUGGCGGAAAUUGACACCCGGGGGAGAUUGGCAAAGGUCGACGGGCGGUUCUGCCACUGGGUAUCGGAUUACGAAGGAACGAGAUAUUCCUUGAUUUAUUACGUAACGCACGGAGACGUCGUUCCGCAAACCACUGCGAUUUUUCGACCUCCCCGUGCCGGGGACGGCGGCGAGGACGGGGACGACGCCAUUCCGUGGGUGCCACCUCCUUCGCAUGUGGCGUGACAAGGAGAUCUGUAGCRCYAAUGAAACACUAGCAUACCU